AGCUGGUCGAUCGACUUUACGUAUGCAACACUUCCAUACUGACACCCUUCGGAUAUAGCCCUCGUGCACAUCGCUCCAAUGGGUAAAAAGAAGUGCUCACAACACGGUCGGCUUUUUGGCCGUAAUAUGCUUAUUGCAGAAUGGAUCUAUCGUGAAACUGGAGAGCAAAGAACAAGGAAACAAGUUUCAAGUCACGCUCAAGUGCUGAACAAAUUUCUUCAAGGCACCCCUGAAUGGGACCGUGUCUCGAGGUUCGAUGAACAUGAGCCGACGACGAAAGAGGGACACAAGUUCCAUCACAAUUCCAUUGAACAUAUGGUCAACGAACAGCAACGCCAAAGCAACGACGCCUUGAAGAGGAGUGAAUCUCUUGAGAGUGACCUAAACUGGGAAUUCGAUACGCAUGCUCAACCCUCAGAUCAUUACAUCCUGCACAGCCUUAGCUUCUAUAUGAGGGUGAGUCUUGCUCAGGAUUGGGACAAUGCACUUCACAACUACACAAGAUUGCAAUGUCAAAGUCAGGCAUCAUUGCCAAUUCCGCUUGAGGAUGUUCCAAACUGGCGAUUCGAUUUCCCUAGACUACGACACAUGAUUGAUGAAUGGCCUACCGGUGGUCGUACGGAUAUGGUUCUUUUGAACACGACAUUUCAACUCAUGGAUGACUUUCCUCCACGUCGCUCCAAGCUUGGUAUUGAUCUCGAGCUUGAUUUCCGGAUCCAAGACAAGGAGCCCUUCAUGGGCUUUUCCAUGUCCACAAACCUGACGGAUUGGACAUGCACAACACAUCUGUAUGCCGGUGGCAAGUUGAUUCAAGAGCGAGCACAUGAAGCUUGCCGACUUUCCGAAGACGGCAAGAUCAAACCAUUCUUCCUUUCCAAAUGGUGGGCAUCACAAUUCACGUCGCUCACAGAAGCCAGGAAGCGUGCCAUGGAAUCCAAGGAUCCAAAUGCCAUCAGCAUGAACAAUGUACAAGUCCAAAACUUCUUCCACAAGCUCUCCAUCAUGCAAGAGAUCUGGGCUGUGGAACCAUCACCUUCAGGUGGGAAGCCGAGCAAAGUGCGGGUGCUAAUAUUGUUGUGGAAAUUCGCCCUAACACCCGAUGGGUUUGUCGGCACUACAACAUGGCAAAACCUCAUACCGCCACCGGAAAGGUUCGCAACAAACAGUCCUUUCCCAACAGAUCCGGGCAUGGAGCUGCCUACACUAGCCCUGGACACAAUGAUGGAUGAUUCUCCCAGUCAGGGUUUCUUUGACAGAAACAAUCAAUUCCUAGGGCAGCCAAGCCUGUCAUACGAUUUGUGCCCAGGAGGGGAUGAGGGAGAUAGUCUGAUGUCAUAUAAGCCGGAAGAGCUGGGCACUUAUAGUCAGCUCAACCACGAGUCUAGUCAUCUCAUCUCAAACAAUGUGGACUCUCUUGGGCAGACCGAUGGCACCAAUGCUGAGCUUAAUUCAAUGGUUACAAACGACAACACCAACAACCAGGCUCCAAAUAUUGAAAUACUGCAUGCCCAACGAGAGCAGCAACAGGGGCAGCAUCAGGGAUCAGCAUCAUACCAGGAAUUUGAGCCGACGGAUCACAACAAGCGACUGACGUCUCAUGGUGAAUAUCCCUUGGCGAGAUUCGAUGUCAAAUGCCACCAAGCGCUCCAAGAGCAGCUUGGAACAAACGAUGAGAGGAAACGAAGGUCAGGUCAACCGACACUAUUAGGCGAACAGCACACUCUCUCCAACGAGGGUAGGCGGUCUCCUUUUGUCAAAAUGGAAACUGUGGCGGAAAAUUCCAUGUCGACCCAGGACUGGACCGGCAUUGACAGCCGAGACGAGGUUCUCCGAUCAGCCCUGCUCGCAGCCAGUGCAAUAGAGGAUCGCAGGAUGUCGUUACAAGCCGAAUCGUCAGGAGCUCCGCAGACACCGUUUCACGACCAGAAUCGAUAUGACCAAAUGCAGAAUAUGCCGCGUUGGACGUCACCGCUGGCAGUGAGGCCGAGUCUUGUCUCCCACCACAGUUUUCCCGGUGUCAUGAUGCCUGAGCAUAGCCAUGACAGCCACCGAACCUUUCCACUACUGACAGAGAGCCUUAGUACUACUGAAGCAGUUACAGUCGGGCAGCCAGAAAUGACAUCUUUGAUGCCCACCAAUGCCAUCGAGGUUCCACAUCAUGCUAAUGGUCAAGGCCGAUUUUCGAGAGCAAAGAGCGAGCCUGAACCCGAGUUACUCCUCGAUUUUGAGAUGGUAAAUUCACAACAGGAUGCUUACACCGAAACGAUGAUCGACACAAAUGCCAUGACCAGUCGGUUGGAGGCACCCGUCCAGCAUGACUGGGUCAACAUCAACGAUGACCAGUUCCACAUUUCCUCAGGAGGAUCUGCGGACAGUCAGAACUCACAACUUUUCUCGCAGAAUAGUGGUGAAAUGAUCUUUUCUCAGUCCCAGGGGCUGGGAGACAAGAUCGACUUGGAGGACAGUUUUGCACAGGUGCAGGUGGAAGAUGGAUCGGUAUAGACCAUGGAUUGUAUUAGGCGUCUGGCUGUGUAGACAUUACCUAGUAAGUUUGGCUUCAAGAUAGGUUUGUCGGAGUUGGAGUCGGGGAUAGUGGUGAAUAGUGUCAAGGUAUCUUACGGUGUUUGAUCAGUAACCAUCCCUAGCUGUCAGGAUCGUAUUGCAUUCCAUUCUUAUGGACUACUCUAGUAUCAUAGCGAGUUCCUUAAUGCGAG